GCCCGAGGGCCAACUGCCUGCUGCCGCCAACGCCCGCCGCCGCUGCUGGUGCUCUUGCUGCUGCUGGGUCUCUGGAGCCAGGACGCCGGAGCUGCGGCAUGCCAUGGAUGUUCGUCAGGAUCCAAAUGCGACUGUAGCGGAACAAAAGGGGGAAAGGGUGAGAGAGGCUUCCCAGGUUUAGAAGGACAACCAGGCUUACCUGGAUUUCCUGGACCAGAAGGACCAGCUGGGUCACGAGGCGAAAAAGGUGAUGAUGGAUUCCCAGGGCCACCUGGACCCAAAGGAAUUAGAGGUCCUCCAGGUCUACCAGGCUUUCCGGGAACACCAGGACUUCCUGGGCUACCAGGUCAGGAUGGGGCUCCAGGACCUCCAGGUAUCCCAGGAUGCAAUGGAACAAAGGGAGAACGUGGCUACCCUGGCAGUCCAGGUUUCCCAGGUUUACAAGGCCCCCCUGGUCCCCCUGGCCUAAUAGGGAUGAAGGGGGAGCCAGGUGAGAUACUGACAUCUUUGCAGCCAGGACAAAAGGGUGAUCAAGGAUUUCCAGGACUACCAGGACUACCAGGCCCCGCAGGUCCCACUGGAACACUGGGCCCUAUUGGUCCUCCUGGGCCCCCAGGUUUGCUGGGUCCUCCCGGCCCCCCAGGACUACCGGGUCCUAAGGGCAACAUGGGCUUGAACUUCCAAGGGCCAAAAGGAGAAAAGGGUGAGCAGGGACUCCAAGGACCCCCGGGACCCCCAGGACAGCUUGGCGAACAGAAAAGAACAAAUGAUGUAGAGUUUCAGAAAGGUGAUCAGGGCGUUCCAGGUGACCGAGGCCCCACAGGUCCCCCUGGGUUUCCAGGUCCUCCUGGUCUUCCCGGUGGUGGAAAAGGUGAAAAAGGUGAGCAAGGAGAACCAGGCAAAAGGGGGAAACCUGGCAAGGACGGAGAAUCUGGUCAACCUGGCUUGCCUGGUUUGCCUGGAGGUCGUGGUAUACCUGGUUUUCCAGGAAGAGAUGGAGAGAAAGGCAGUAAAGGUGACGCUGGUCCUCCUGGUCCUCCUGGACAUGCAAUUCUAAGGCCAGAUACUGGAACAACGGUGGGACCAAAAGGUAGUAAAGGGUUGCCAGGAAUCCCUGGAGACAAAGGAGAACGUGGAUAUCCAGGCCAACAGGGGCCACCUGGCCUACCAGGUUCACCAGGAAUUCCAAGUGUUGGCUCUCCUGGUACUCCUGGUUUUCCCGGUGAGAGAGGACAGAAGGGGGAUCAAGGCCUUCCUGGAAUCCCAAUCCCAGGGCCACCUGGAAAUGAUGGACAACGAGGCUUACCUGGCCCCCCUGGGCCCCCUGGGCCCCCUGGAACUACCAUUCCACCCAUUGACAGACUCUGUGAGCGAGGACCCCCUGGCAUCCCAGGACUCCCAGGAGAACAAGGAUUUACGGGGGAGAGAGGCCAGAAAGGUGGGUUUUCUGCAGGUUCUAUUGGUUUUCCUGGGCCGAAAGGUGAUAAAGGAAUCCCUGGCCUUAUUGGUAGUGUUGGACCACAAGGUCUUCCCGGCCCUCCUGGCUCUCCUGGACGUCCCGGUGCAAAAGGCGAUCCAGGUGAUGUUCUUGCUUUCCCCGGAUUGAAAGGCGAGAAGGGGAACCCUGGCUUCCCAGGCCCUCCAGGUCUGCCUGGGUUAGAUGGAUCUCGUGGACAAGAUGGACUGCCGGGUCUUCCUGGGCCCAAGGGGGAGCCAGGUGGCAUCAGUUUCAAAGGGGACAGGGGACUUCCUGGUGAUCCAGGAAUUCCUGGUAUUCCUGGUGAUCGAGGGCCUCCAGGAUCUCCUGGAUUUGGCCCACAAGGUCCCCCAGGCCAGAAGGGCGUUCAGGGUGUUUCAGGGCGCUCAGGAGCCCCUGGAGGUCCAGGGCCCAAAGGGGAACCUGGACAAACUAUCACAGAAACAGGAUCUCCAGGUAACCCCGGCCCCCCAGGCAGAGAUGGUGAAGUUGGCCUUCCAGGUGAUCCUGGCCAGCCAGGGGCACCUGGAUUGCCAGGCAUCCCAGGCUCAAAAGGUGAUCCCGGAUUACCUGGCAUUGGACUUCCAGGCCCACCAGGACCCAAAGGAUAUCCUGGGUUGCCAGGCCUUCCUGGUGUACCAGGAAACCCUGGGAGAGCAGGUCAGGAUGGACCUCCUGGACUUCCUGGAUUAGCAGGACAGAAGGGGGACCGUGGUUUUGGUGUUCCAGGACCAGCUGGACCACCUGGGCCACCGGGUUUCAAAGGAGCACAAGGUCCCAAAGGUGAUUCCGGCUUUCCAGGAAACCCUGGCCUUCCAGGACGGAUAGGUUUUGAUGGAACUCCAGGGCCUAAAGGUGACCCGGGGCUACGUGGCCAACCUGGGAUACCAGGACCUCCAGGGAUUCCAGGGAUUGGCGGCCAAGGCCCACCUGGGGCUCCAGGGCCUCCAGGACCUGUGGGUCCACCAGGAUUACAGGGCAUACCAGGUGAAAAGGGAGAUCCUGGUUCACCAGGAUUUGACAUUCCCGGUCCUCCAGGAGAUAGGGGCAUUCAAGGAUUUCCUGGAUCACCCGGUCUCCCAGGACCUCCAGGUUCACCUGGGUCAGUCGGAAGAGAUGGACUUCCAGGAAUUCCAGGUAACAAAGGCGAUAUGGGAGUGAUGGGUGCACCUGGUCCCCAAGGUUCCCCUGGAACCCCAGGCAGGAAUGGCCUUCCUGGCAUGAAAGGCAAUGAUGGAUUACCAGGCCAGCCUGGUCGUCCAGGACCAGCAGGGCAAAAAGGCAGCAAAGGUGAGACAGGCGUGCCUGGACCUCCAGGAACAAUGGAUCCAGGGCUGCUGGGCUCUAAAGGAGAAAAAGGAGAACCAGGAACUCCUGGUAUUCCUGGUUUAACAGGGCAGAAGGGCUACCCAGGCACUCCAGGUGACCCAGGGACUCCUGGACUAGUUGGACAGCCAGGGAUACCUGGACUACCAGGCCCGAAGGGAGACUUGGGAUUUCCUGGGCCACCAGGACCAACUGGACCUCCUGGACAGAAAGGUGCCAGUGGUGAAAUGGGACUUCCAGGUCCUCCAGGCCAAAAAGGUUUCCAAGGCAUAGCAGGCCAGCCUGGCCAGCCUGGCCAGCCAGGGUUUCCUGGGCUGAAGGGAGACAAGGGUGAUCCAGGCCUAUCAGACAUCGGUAUUCCAGGGCCCCCUGGCCCUAAGGGUGACCCUGGUUUGCCUGGAUAUACAGGUAGUCCUGGCAACAAAGGUUCUCCUGGCAAUCCUGGGCUGCCUGGUUUAGCUGGCGGUCCAGGUGCAAAAGGUGAUGCUGGCCUCCCUGGAUUCCCAGGUACACCAGGUAUUCCAGGACCAAAAGGUAUUGAUGGACCCCCAGGUAAUCCAGGUGUUCCAGGGUCACCUGGGCCUCCAGGUGACAUUGGCCACCCUGGCCCUCCCGGCCUCGUAGGGGAAAAAGGACAGCCUGGACGGGAUGGCAUUCCUGGACCAGCAGGACAGAAAGGCGAACCAGGUCAACCAGGUUUUGGACGCCCCGGACCUCCUGGACUCCCAGGACUCUCAGGUCAGAAGGGUGACUUGGGUUUACCUGGACCCUCAGGACCUCCAGGAGCCCCUGGUCUGAAGGGAGAAACAGGCGGUCCAGGAUUCCGUGGCCUUCCAGGUUCCCCUGGCUCUCCAGGGCUACCAGGACCACCUUCAGAAGGGCCUAAGGGAAGCCCUGGGCAACCAGGCAUACCAGGGAGGCCAGGUGCCACAGGUCCUCCAGGUCUUCCUGGUUCAGAAGGCCCCCGUGGACCCCCCGGAACUGGAGGAGUAAGAGGAGAAAAGGGAAACCCUGGCCAGCCAGGUCAGCCCGGAGCGCCUGGUUUGAAAGGAGACCAAGGACUACCUGGACGCCCGGGUGAUCCUGGUCGUCCUGGUCUGAAUGGAAUGAAAGGAGAUCCUGGUGUUCCAGGAGUUCCAGGAUUCCCAGGCAUGAAGGGGCCCCUUGGACCUUCAGGACCACCAGGCCUUGGAGGAGACCCUGGACUCCCUGGAUCUCCAGGUCCUCCAGGGAUACCUGGUCCAGCUGGACAAACAAUUAUUGUAAAAGGUGACCCAGGCCCACCAGGUCCUCCAGGGCAGCCUGGAAUGAAAGGUCUACCUGGGCUAUCAGGCCCUCCAGGAUUACCAGGCCCAAUCGGUCUCCCUGGUGAUCCUGGACGAGAUGGGCUUCCUGGAUUUGAUGGACCAGGAGGACGUAAAGGAGAGAGAGGACUUCCAGGUCAACAAGGUCAACGAGGCUCGCAGGGGCCCCCUGGUCCAGAUGGACUUCAGGGCCCCCCUGGUCUUCCUGGGCCUGCUUCAGUUGCUCAUGGAUUCCUCAUAACUCGCCACAGCCAGACAACAGACACGCCCUUCUGCCCACAAGGAACCACCCAGAUUUACAAUGGAUUUUCUCUUCUCUACGUGCAGGGGAACGAGAGAGCCCAUGGGCAGGACUUGGGCACUGCUGGAAGCUGCCUCCGCCGUUUCAGCACCAUGCCCUUCAUGUUCUGCAACAUCAACAAUGUCUGUAAUUUUGCAUCUCGGAACGACUAUUCCUACUGGCUCUCCACCCCUGAGCCAAUGCCAAUGAGCAUGGAGCCUUUAACCGGAAAGAACAUCCAACCCUUCAUUAGCCGCUGCACUGUCUGUGAAGCUCCUGCCAUGGUUAUAGCGAUCCACAGCCAGACCAUUCAAAUCCCACCUUGUCCACAAGGCUGGAACUCUCUAUGGAUUGGUUAUUCUUUUAUGAUGCAUACCAGUGCCGGGGCAGAGGGAUCUGGACAGGCAUUGGCCUCUCCUGGUUCCUGCCUGGAAGAAUUCCGUUCCGCUCCUUUCAUUGAGUGUCAUGGUCGAGGGACCUGCAACUAUUAUGCUAAUUCAUACAGUUUCUGGCUGGCAACUGUGGAAGUGGCAGAAAUGUUUAGUAAACCUCAGUCGGAGACUCUGAAAGCUGGAGACCUGAGGACGCGCAUUAGUCGAUGCCAAGUUUGUAUGAAGAGGACGUAAUGCCUCAACGGAGAAAUCUAACGGUGCACUUCCUUUAGAUAUACACUUCCUUUAGAUAUAACAAUGGUGCUAUUGUGCAGAAGAAGAAGACGAAGAAGAAGAAGAAGAAGAGAAAAUUCUGAUUAUGCAGAUUCCGGUGUGCCUCUCCUCAAGUGCCAUCCCAAAGGUGUUCUUCUGGUGCAUUUUUUGUGUGUGUGUCAAGGAAGAGAACUGACCUCUUGCAAAAUAUUGGAGACACCUGGGGUCACUAAGGAUCAGAAGGUGAAGUUACCACUUCUCCCACCCCAAAGGCCAAGAGGGCCCGCUUUGAAAAUUCAUCCCAGAGGAAAAGAAGAAACUACAAUCUUACAAUGCACUGUGAUGGUUCAAAAGAGCAGACUGCUCAUUUUGAGAAGCCCAAAGUUCAUGGUGCUACUAACCCUACUGUACCCCAGGUUUUUAAUAUGAAAUGUUUAAGCUUAUUUUUUUUCCUUUGUAAUUAAUGAAAUGUGUAUAUUGUGUAAGCACAUUUUUUAAGUUUUCAACUUCUUAAUCAUUUAGACACAAAGCAGCCUAAAAUCACUGACUUCACCAGAGUAAACCAAAACCUAUAUAUAAAUAUAUAUGUUAAAAAUACUCACAUAAAGCAGAAAGCAAUAUUGUAUAGGCAAUAAGUGACGAGAGGAUCUAUUUUUGUCGUGCAGCAAACUACUACUGAGUUUUAAAGGUUUAUUUUCUUCUCUGAGUUCUGGGCAUAUUUUAUUUAGGAAAAGGUAUAAUAAUGCUAUAGCCAUAAUUGUUUUUAAUCGGGGCUGUUGAUGUCUAUAUUGUAUGCCACACUCUUGAUGAUUUAUCUGUCCUUAAGAAGCAAAAGAAAAAAGAAAAACCCACAUUUUAAAGGGUUUUAUUUUUGCAUAUUCUGUGAAAUAUUUUAAAUGCUCAGCCAAUCUGGUCCUUUGCAGAUGUUCCAGACUACAACUCCCAUCAUCCCUAGCAAAUGACCAUGUUGACUGGGGCUUAUGGAAGUUGUAGUCCAAAACUUCUGGAGGGCACAAGAUUAGGGAAGGCUGCUAUUUUCUUCUAUUAAAAAAAUCAUAUUCAUAUAGUAAUAACUUACAUUGGUUCAGCUAACUACCCCUUGGAAAAUAUGCAGAAAACACAAAUGUAUAAAUAUUAUUCAUGCACAAACAAAUCCACUUUUUUUAGCUAUGGUGUCUUAUUUUAUGCAGAGUAACUGUACACUUUGAAAAACCCUUUUGACUGAAAUAAAGUGAAAACUGGUAAUAAUUGA